ACAGUGAGAGUGGAGAAGCGCACUGUCAGUCAAGCGCGCUGUGUGGGGCGGUCUUUGCUUAGAGAUGUCUGAAUAUGUCAAGAAUCACUUCAGCUGUCGCACGCUUUCAAACAGCACUCAGUCUCGUCCAGUGCCGCUACGAGGGAAGAGUUUCAUAUAUGCAGUUUAGCGUCAUAAGAUUAUGAGGGAAUCCUUUGCGAUUGCCGUGCGUAACGAGCCAACAGUGCAUAGGGGUGAAGGAAGAACAGCUGGAGCGCUGUCCAGGGUCCUGAAGUCAAGAAGCCAGAGGUGCUGAAGAGAGCACAGGCAUUCACGGAGGACUGUAUGUCUAUGUCAAUCAAGCCUUGAGAUGACUCGGAAAAGGCUGCGUUCUGUGGCUGUCUGGGGAUUCGUUGCGUGGGAAAUAGGAAUUCUGUUGAGUUUGGUAGCAUCAAAAAAACCAGAAAGCCCUCCGGGAGGAACAGCAUCAUCACCCUCUGACUUCCUUGACAAGCUCAUGGGAAGAACCUCAGGUUAUGAUGCCAGAAUUAGGCCCAACUUUAAAGGUCCACCAGUGAAUGUAACAUGCAACAUAUUCAUUAACAGUUUCGGCUCCAUUGCAGAGACAACUAUGGAUUACAGAGUGAACAUAUUUCUCCGGCAGCAGUGGAACGACCCUCGGUUAGCUUACAGCGAGUACCCAGAUGACUCUCUGGACCUGGAUCCCUCAAUGUUAGACUCCAUUUGGAAGCCUGAUCUAUUCUUCGCCAAUGAGAAAGGAGCACAUUUUCACGAGGUCACCACUGACAACAAGCUUUUAAGAAUAUUCAAGAAUGGAAAUGUCCUCUACUCAAUCAGACUGACUCUGACGCUCUCAUGUCCGAUGGAUCUGAAGAAUUUCCCCAUGGAUGUGCAGACGUGCAUAAUGCAGCUGGAGAGUUUUGGCUACACAAUGAACGACCUGAUCUUUGAGUGGCAAGAGAAGGGACCUGUACAGGUGGCCGAAGGAUUGACCCUCCCGCAGUUCAUCCUCAAGGAUGAGUCUGAUUUAAGAUACUGCACCAAGCACUACAACACAGGCAAGUUCACAUGCAUCGAGGUACGUUUUCACCUGGAAAGACAGAUGGGCUACUACCUGAUCCAGAUGUACAUUCCUAGCCUGCUCAUUGUCAUCCUCUCCUGGGUCUCCUUCUGGAUUAACAUGGAUGCUGCUCCUGCACGUGUCGCCCUGGGAAUCACCACAGUGCUCACAAUGACAACUCAGAGCUCUGGAUCCAGGACAUCCUUACCUAAGGUGUCUUACGUGAAGGCUAUUGAUAUCUGGAUGGCAGUGUGCUUGUUAUUUGUCUUUUCGGCCCUGUUGGAGUAUGCUGCAGUCAACUUUGUUUCACGGCAACACAAAGAACUCUUACGAUUUCGACGGAAAAGGAAGAAGUCUGGCAAGACUUUCGAUCAAACAUUUGAUGAGGAGCUUACCGAGUCAUUGCAUCGUAUCAAUGGCCUGCGCAGUGCCGAGCCAGUUUACGGAUCAAUGGGCCAACUCGACGAAUCCAAUGACAGGGAGGAGGAUGUGCGGGAGAGCCGGUUGAGCUUCACACCCAACGCAGGGAAAGACGGAGCCGUGCCCAAAGCUGCUAAUAAUGCGGCCACAACACCCUCUGACCCAGCCCUUACUGCCGGCAAGAGUCAUGAGGAGAUGAGAAAACUCUUCAUCGACAGAGCCAAGAAGAUCGACACUGUGUCUCGUGCCGGAUUCCCACUGGCCUUCCUGUUUUUCAACAUUUUCUAUUGGGUUCUUUACAAAAUCCUACGCCACGAGGAUGUGCACAAGCCAUAGAUGAAACAUGGCGUGUUGCACCUUGGGAGGUACAGUAGUAACACAGCAAAGCUGCAUCAACAGACUGUAAUGCGCAAAGUUUCCUGCCAAGAUCUAUGCUAAAAUGACUAUGAAAAACUGUGAUGUCAAGGACCGGUGGUUAAUUUCAAUAGUUUGUUUGUGUUGUACACCCAUACGAGAACACUGCACUCACUAUGCAAUGGAUAGGUAUCCGUAGGGCCUCUGACACACCUGUCCCGCAACUAGAACAAAAGUGGUCAGCACUUCUACACACCUGUUUAACACAGAAGCACAGUCCGAUACUGACUACAGCCCCUCGUAGUGACAGAUGUGUGUGUCUUGCACUGGUUUUGUCAACUCUGUUGUCAUACAGCUUUACUGCCAAUGUUCUGUGUUGUAUUUUUGAUAUACAGCUAUUGAAAAAUGGCAAGAGUGCAAGGGCAGAAAUGUAUAUUAUAGAAAUUUCCAAACACAAACUACUAAUGUUGCUUAUUUUCAUAAGGAAUCUUGAAUAGUUUUUAAUAGCAUUUGGUCCCUCGAUCAUUUUGUCCCAACCUGAUUGUUGACCAGCUCUAGAAACCAGCAUCCAGGCCAAAAACAUUCUGAGAUAAAUCUCAAGAAUGACCCUGAACCAGCAAAGAAGACUAUUCUGUUUACAGCUUAUGGACACCUUAACAUUAACUGCUUCAAGGAAACACAUUUUGAAAACUUUAAUGGGUAGCAUACUGUCAGCAACCAUAAAGAAAUUGAAACCAUCCUUCAAGUAUAAUUCAAGUUUUUCUCAAACAAAAGCAUUAUUGUUCGAAAACCAUUUCCAGUCACUUCAAACUAAUGAUUCCACCGCAAAAUAAUGCGGCUGGGAGUGAAUUCUGCCACACAUGUGUUGCAAAUUCAUGAAUGGAGAAAAUCAUUCAAAGGGGCUUGUUAGAACAAUAUUGUAGUCAAUGUGUUUUCUGAGACAAGUCCUUAUACAGAAAUUAGUAAUGUAAAUGAGAUUUGUGACCCUGGACCACAAAACCAGUCAUAAGGGCCAAUUUUUCUGAAAUUGAGAUUUAUACAUAAUCUGAAAGCUGAAUAAAUAAGCUUUCCACUGAUGUCUGGUUUGUUAGGAUAGGGCAAUAUUUGAACAUCUGGAAUCUGAGGGUGCAAAAAAAAAAAUUUAAAUAUUGAGAGAAUUGCCUCUAAAGUUGUCCAAAUAAAGCUCUUAGCAAUGCAUAUUACUAAUCAAAAAUUAAGUUUUGAUAUAUUUAUGGUAGGAAAUAUCUUCAUGUAACAUGAUCUUUACUUAAUAUCCUAAUGAUCGAUAAUUUUGACCCAUACAAUGUAUUUUUGUCUAUUGCUACAAUUAUACCUGUGAUACUUAAGACUAGUUUUGUGGUCCCGGGUCAUAUUUUUUUUAAACGUCUCAUAAUUAGGAACAUAAUUUGAGUGGUUUUAAACUAAUCUGCAUGUGUGGUGAUUGUAAAACAAUGAGUUUUGAAUAUUAGUUAUUAAAUUAUACUAUAAGAGAACAAUAUUCUGCCUCUGAAGAUAUUUUAAUUAUUCCUAAGCUACUGCAAAUAUAUUUAAAUACAUGUCAUGGGAAAAUGUGUACUUUGUUUACUUAUGUGUUCUAUAAAACACUGUUCAAACCAGUUUCAAUACCGCGACCAGACGUUUUUUUUUGUUUGUUUUGUUUUUGUUAAGUUUUGUCUGUUGUCUGGGGGAAAUGUUAUUUCUUUUCAGAAUUAUCUGCUGAAGAACUGUGCCAUACAAAUGAUCAAAGCAUAUCUAGUCUCACACAUUCCUAAAAGUAAAUAGAGCAGUGCUGUUGUGUUUUGAACACACCAUCUGACAACAGCAUUUGGCACAUACAUUCAUCAUGGAAGGGAUACGAGCAGUUCAUGGACAUUUACAGUAAAAUGCAAGAGCAUUUGUAAUUUAUUUUGUACAAACAUUAUUAAAUGUUAUGCAUGAACUCAAGUCUGUUGUACUUCAUUUUCAGUGUGAGUUGGACCAGCAGUCAAUGUUCUCGCUGCUACUAAAAAGAGGUUACAGGUGAGGCACGUAUGUAAAUAUCUGUAAAUAUUUCUGGUAACACUUUACUUUACAGUGUCCGUGUUACACAAGUACAUAUAGCCAAUGGAACAGUUACUGAGGAAAUGUAUUCAAAUUUUGCAACACAAAACACUUAACGUUUGUGUUUGUUUAAACUGGUCAGUAAUUAGGCUACAAAUUUAACAUAAACGCUGUGAUGUAAAGUGUAAAGUUCUUUUCAUAUGUUUACUGAAAAGCCCUCGGAGAAAGACUGAAAAAUAAAGAUGUUUAUAAAAGCA